UCAGUUACCUCAGAACGACUGCGGAAGAAAAGUCUUAAAAAUAUGGAGAAAUCAACGGGUCUGCUGCUGCUCUGCAUAUACUUAACGCUCCAGCAGCUCAUCGUCGCGCACCCCCUUCAGAACGACGUCACGGCACAGGCGGAGAAUGACACAAAGCUAAAUGAAUUGCAGCAAACCGAAAUAUCUAGCUCAAAUGAAACAAAUUUUGUCAAAGCGCUCGAGCCGGUGAUUGUGACAACCCUCGAUGGCGUACAAAAUUACCUCAACACGCUCAUAGCGGAGACUGCGCGUUUUGUCGAUGGCGUACUGAAGGAGCUGAAAACGCUGCCCGAGGAAAACGACUACAUACGAGAGCUCAAACCACGCUUGACCAACAUAUUGGCGCGUUUGAAUGAUCCGGCUUUGGAAGACAGAAAAUCACUAAUAACUGACAUCAGCGUUUUGUAUGCAGAUUUUGACAACAUAGUAGAGCGCAAAGACGACGACAGAGAGCUUAACGUCUUGAAGAAAGUGCUCGAUAAAUUGCAGUUGCUCGAACUGAAUUUUCAUGUGCACAACGCUAUUGAUAGUGCAGUGCGGAAAUUCAACAUAGCUUUUGAGCAGUUUUGGAAUGCGCUAAGCGAAGUGCAGCAGAAGGAGCACCGGCGUCUGGGUGAUUGGUAUGAGCGUUUUAAAGCCGGCAAAACUAGUGAGGAAAAGUUAAAAGGGUUUGAAGAAUUUUUUCAGAUGGCUCUUAAAUUAGCACCGAGAUAAUUUAAAGUUAAUCAAUGAUCGCAACCAAGCUGCCUAGUUUUUCAAAAUUUAAAAGGAAAUUAUUUUUCGAGUCUUUAAAGUUUAAUAAAGUUGAACAGAAACUUAGCCCAGACUUCUCUCUCUUUAAAAUCAAAGAUAGUCUCAGGUUCAUAGCAACCAGUUAAAACUGUAAAUAUAUGUACGAAACCAAAAAAAAAAAGCAAUUCAACAAAGACUUUGUUAAAUCAUAAAUUUAAUAUUAACUAUGAUUUUGUUGUUUUUUAUACUUUUACUCAUUCACAGGCCUAAUUAAAUUUUUAAUAUUAUCUAUAAAAAGUUAAAAUUUUUUGGUUUGGGAAAGAAAAUUUAUUUUUUAAGAGCUUUUUUAUAUGCGACAAUUUUCAUAUAAACUUGAAACUAAAAUUUCCUUAACAGUAAUGCGAUAACGGUAUAAACUUUCAGUGUAUGAGUCUCUGUAUAAAAAUUAAUAGUAAAUAUAUUAAUACUUGGCAGCACUUCACAAAUAAAAAAGUUUCCAUACAAGAA